CCCUUUACUGGAACAAGCGGGUACUGGCAUACGGGAAAAAAACAACAGCAACAGUAACAAUGGCAUCUGACCAUCAGGCUCCUGCCACCAAACAACAGCAACCAAAUGUAAAGAUUGUCAUCUAUGAGCAAGAAAACUUCCAAGGCCGCUGCCAUGAACUCAGUGGACCCUGUACCAACCUGAAGGAGGCUGGUAUGGAGAAGGUUGGAUCCAUCCUUGUGCAUUCUGGACCCUGGGUAGGAUACGAACAACAAAACUGCAAGGGGGAGCAGUUUGUCUUUGAGAAGGGAGAGUACCCCCGCUGGGAUUCCUGGACGAACAGCCGAAGGAGUGACAGCAUCUCCUCCCUGAGACCAAUCAAAGUGGAUAGCCAGGAGCAUAAGAUUGUCCUUUAUGAAAACCCAAAUUUUACUGGAAAGAAAAUUGAGAUAAUUGACGAUGAUGUCCCAAGUUUUCACGCUCAUGGCUACCAGGAAAAAGUAUCUUCUGUGAGAGUACAAAGCGGAACGUGGGUUGGCUAUCAGUACCCAGGUUACAGAGGAUACCAGUACCUGUUUGAGAAGGGGGACUACAAGGACAGCUCAGAGUUUGGCGCCCAGCACCCCCAGAUCCAGUCUGUCAGGCGCAUCCGUGAUAUGCAGUGGCACCAGAGAGGAGCCUUCCACCCCACCAAUUAAGAAAUGCACCUCCUCUCCAUAGCGCCACUGAAGAGGAAGAGAAACCAAAAGGCUUUUACGUGAACUGCUGCUGUUUUUCCCAUGGCAUGGUUAUCCCAAAUGCCACUGUGUGACUAAACCUGCUAAUGCAACUUAAUAAAAGCUUUGAGUUCCAAACUC